AUGGCAGAACCUCAAGCACCCGCAAACGCCUCCUGGACCGACACAAUCUACAACCUCAACCGCGGCAGCAUCGACGACGAGCGCGAGCGCCUGGCCUACAACCACUUCCACGUCUGGCUGCCCCUCACCGGCGACCUCCUCCCGCCACACAUCCUCUCAGCCCUCCGAGCCCAAGAAGGACGGCCCCCGCGGAUCGCAGAUGUGGCGACGGGAAGCGGCGUCUGGCUGACGUCCGUCUCUGAGAUCGUCCCGCCGAGGUCGGAGCUCUACGGCUUCGACUUUGACCAGCUCAAAAUGCCGACGCCGCCGAUGCCGCCGCCGCAGCAGCAGCAGCCGACACUUGAGUUCCGGAAGCACGACGUCCUCCAGCCGUUUCCCGCAGAGUUCAGGGGUACGUUCGACCUCGUGCACGUCCGGCUGCUCGCGCUGGGGCUGAAGAAGGACGACUGGGACGUCGCCGUGGGGCACCUGCGCGCGUUGCUGGCGCCGGGCGGGUGGCUUUUCUGGGAGGACAUAAGUGACCUGUUCAUCAGGUUCUAUCCGCUGAGCAGGGCGUACGAGGAGUUCUGGUGGGUGACUAUGCAGCAUGAUGCGAAGGUCGGGAGGGAUAGACUGAUUCCAAUGGGCCUGCUCAAAAAGUUCCAAAAGUUGGGCUUCCAGAACUGCGAGCAAAAGAUUUGGAACUCGUGGGCGGCGGAUGAGUCAGUUCAAGAUGAAGCCACCGCGGGUAUCCUGCGCCUGAUAAGACCAUCGUUGAUGUCUAUCGUCGAAGACGGCGGGGAGGAUACGGUCAAGACGAUGGAGGACGUCAGUCGUAUUGAGAGGGAUUUAAGGUGCGAUGUAGAGGGAAAGGGUUCCCGAACUGGGUUUGAUUUCAUAUGGAACUGGGGGCAGCGACCUGGAUGA